AUGGCAGAAAGUCAACCCUUCUGUCUGUCUGACCCUAUGUCAAGUGAUGUAAGAAAACAAGUUACAAAUUUAUUUAAGCAUCCAGGGAAGGUUCAUUUUGGAGAUGAGGAAGAUAUUAAAAACCAUUUCCGAAACCUGCAAAACUAUAGAGAAAAAGAAAUUAAAGCAUGGUGGCAAAAAGAGACUCUUUUGCAAUACUCAACUGAAGGGAUAGUACCAAGGGGCCUAAGAAUCACGAAAAAGUGGCCCACCUUCAGUAGAGAUGAUGCAGAGUUUAUGCAAGAAUGGAAAAAGAUUUUACAAGAUUGCUCCAUGAACCUGAUUGAGUUGAUAGUAAAACAAAAGGAAAAGGAAUUGAGUAAUAUCAAUGCUGAAAUAAAUGAAAUACAGAAAGAUUUGUCCCACUUUAAAACCAGUGAAUUCUUUGAUGGUUUAAAUGACCAGUUGCAGAAAUAUAUACAAACCUUUGAAAGGAGAGAGAUUGUGCAAAGACAAAAUAAAUUUGAAAGAGAUCAAAUGGAUUAUAAAACAGGACAUAUUUAUUGGUGGAGAAUUGAACGGACUGAACGAAGUAACUUUAACAAUAAAACAAUUUUGAAAAAUCGCAACUAUGGAAAAGCUAAAUAUAAUAAUUACAGAGAUGAUACGAUUACUGUGCAAAGCGAUUCUUCUUUUUCCAGCUCAGCGAGUUUUUUAGAAAGCCACGAGGGCCUGGCGUCCCCUGUACAAACAAAGAUGGUGGAAGUAGUGAAAGACCGCGAGACUGUGACGCAACAGGGACCCGCAAGCACCAGCGGGAAACCAAUACCCAGAAUGCAAGGCGGACCGGGAGCCACCAGCGCCAAUAUGGAUGCGCAGUAUCAGGAGGACCGGAGAUACCGCCAAACGGAGAUGCCUUACCCGGAGGAUCGGGGAUAUCGGCAACCGGAAAAGCGCACAGUCUGGAAUCAGCGGUACAAAGGGGACAGACCAGUAGGUGGCGAAAACAACUAUGGAGAACCGCGAAGAUCAAUGCGGCAACCCAAACCGAAUGCGACACGAUACUGACACUGUAUUUACGAAUGGCCAUAAUGGAGUGGACUUUCACAGAGACACAUCCAUGCACAAAGAAGUUAAAGGCAACUGGUCAAACCACAAGUAUGAAACACACAUGCCUGCUGAUACAACCACUAAUAAUAUUGAAUUAAUUGAGUAUGAGAACAAACCAUUGAAAUUACCAGGACUGGCUACCGCUGAAUUCGCCUCUAAUGAAAUGACAAAUGAUACAGAUUGGGAUGAUAAUUCAAUUUUAACCCAACAUGAAAUCGGUUUAUUCUUAAUGGAUGACGACAAUGAAAUGAUAAAUAAUGAACUGUUGCAACCUGAACAAAUAUUGAGUACGGGUGAUUUGGAGGGUGAUAAAUGUAAUGAUGAUGACCUGUUUAAAAAUGAAUUUUCCAAAGGGGAUCAAGGUGAUUUGUAUAGUGAACAAAUUCUGAAUUUAUCAAAGUAUAAGCUGCAUCUAGAUGAAAUUGAAGUUUUAAAAAAAGGACUAAAUUUCUGUCCAACUGCGCAAAUGAAUCAAUUUAAUACUUAUGUGGAUGUACAG